AAAUUGGAAAUUGGCAAAAAAGGAUCGCCACAAGGUGACAGAUUGAGAAGAGGAGGCAACGAAAAAGUGUGAUCUACGCCACGCCCCCGCCGCCAAGAAUGAGCAACAUGAAGGGCGGCUUCUCCACACUGAAUCGCUGGUUUGGCCGCAAAAAGGACAAAUCAGGCAGCAACAACAGCGCAUCGAUUGGGAAUCUGUCCAAGUCCACCACACAGCUGCACCAUCUGUCCAGGGAGAUGGAAAUCAGUGAGGCUAGUCAGCUGGAGUACAAUCGCAUCACGCCCAUACCGGCGGUCACCAGCAGUGCGCCCUUCGAGCAGACCUUCCGCAUCACUGUGCUGCUGCCCAAGGACCAGCUGUAUGUGGCCCGGCUGGGGGCACGGGUGCCGCUGCGCAAGCUCCUCGAGAUGGUCUGCGACAAUAAGGAGUUGGAUCUGAACAAGUACGAGUUCCGGAGUCCAGUGGAUGCUAGUCAGGUGUACAGCUGCGAGUCGACCAUCGGGACUGUGGGCCUCUCAGAGAUUCGACUGUGCCACAAGUCCGAGUCCUAUGACAGCUUCAACGGCGAUGCCAUGGCCAAGUUCCAGCGCACGGGCACCGCCCGCGACUCGCUGAGCAGCAGCUCGGACUUUAGCAGCAGCCGCAACUCGAAGGUCACCGCCAAGACGCCCAGUCCCUACAGUUCCACCAAUUCGCUUAACUCCAUGGACUCCACCGGCAUGAACUACACGCGCACGCCCGUCUUUGUGCCCGCCCCGCCCGCCAAAGUGAUGGCCCCGCCGCCGCGCAAGAAGCGUGUGGCCCCACGCCCGCCCAGCCAGCACUGCAUCCCGGAGCAGUCCGUACCGGAGUCGGAGCCGGAGAGAGCCCCAAAGAGUGCGGCAGAGCCCGCGUACGCGGUGAUCGUGAAGCGUCCACAGCUGUGCAUGUCCACGCCGAAUCUGUCCAGCCAACCGCCGGAGCUGCUGGACUGCAAUGGGAACAGCGCCAAGGCAUCCCCGGUGGAUGCAGCGGACGCCGACGGGCACUAUGCCACGCUCGACCUGAAGCGAGCCUCGGGCCCGGUAAGGGGUUCGGUUACGAGCACACUUUCCGGCCAAGGACAGGGCCAGGGACCGGAGCCGACGCCCCGCCGUCGCCUUUUGAAUAUCAAGAAGAAAGCGGCCCCGGCCCCGCCCUCCGGGUUCGCGGGUGCACUCGCUGGAAACGGCAGUGGAAACGCAUCCGGAGCAGACACCAUAUCGCUGGCCUCCACCACAAACUCGCUGUCGGAGACGCUGGCGCCCACCACACCGCAGCCAGCACCGCGGAUCACCACCCCGCUACCCACUGCCACACCCACACCCAUUCUCCCUCCCACACCCACUCCCGCUUUGCCGACCAGCUCUCCACCAGCUGUUGGAGCCAUUGGAGCUCCCAUAAAUGUGUCCCAGAACGUGUCCAAGGUGCUGCUCAACCGGACGCCCACACCGGAGCCCCGCUCCCUGGGCAGUGCCACGGAGGAGGACGACAACGAUGCUGCUUCCAAGCAGGCAGAUUCCGGCAUCGGAGAGCCCGCACCCUCACCCUCGCCCGAGCCAGAGGGGCCCGAAAAGUCCCACAUGGAGUCCAGCUCGGAGGACGACGAGGCCAUCAAGGUGUACAACUUCAAGCUCUGCAAGACAUCCGUCAAGGGAGAGCAGCCGCUGGCCAACAGUUUGGCCGAGCUGGCCGUUCUCACAGCAGCCGCCCAGGAGGACGACGACGAGGAGGGGGAGCAGCAGGCGACCUCCACUCUGGCCACGCCGACCAGCGCCAGCGAACAGACGUCGCUCUCCUCGUGGAACUACUCGGUGCCGAUAUCUCCGCCGCCGGAUUUCUCGGAUCCGCAUGCCCGCGGAGCGACCAAAAGCGGAGCCACCAGCCCCGGCUCGCCGCUGGACGAGAUCGUGGACGAGCUGUCGGCCAUCAUCCAGCAGCAGCGCCUCGACACGCUCAUCCGCAAGCAGCCCGAACAGACGGAAAUCGAGGCGGCAAAGCCGAACCGUCUGACCAACUUCAGCAUUGCCACGGCCAAGUCCACAACGAUCACGUCCAGCACGACCGCCAAGAAGGUCAGUCGGUCUGACUCCUUCCAGGCGGCAGCGGCCCAGGAGAGGGCGUCCAGAACCCUGAGCCAGCGCAGCUCAUCGCACAUAUCCCUCAAUAAAAUCGAUCAGAAUGGACUCGGAAACGCGGCCGGUCCCAGGCGCUCCUCCAGCGAGCUGAGCAUAGGGGAGACGCCUUCGCUGCAGAGCUUCGAGGUGAUUAAGACCAUCCUGAACUCCCGCCAGAAUAGCCUGACCGAGAGCAGCGGCGGGCUUGGCAGUGCAUCCCCCGCCAAGGAGGUGGAGCAGGCGGCCCUGCUGUUAGAUCAGCCAAAUAGCAGCCCCACAGCAGUCGCCAGGCUGGAGCGCCAACCCUCGGCAUCUGGCCAGGCCAAACGAUCAAUGACAGCAGCUGGAAGCACAGAAACACCACAGCAGUCUCCUCCUCCUCCAGUCAAGGCCCUCAAAGAGCAGUCGCCUCCCCCAGCUAAGGCCGUGAAAGAGCAGCAGCAGCAGCAGUUGGUUCCACCCACAGCCAAGACCGUGCAGGCAGCAGUCGCCGCUCCUGCUAAGGCUGUGAGUGAACCGAGUGCUUCUGCAGUCCAGAAACCGCCCUCUCCAGCUUCGUUGAGAGCCAGCCCGGCCAAGGAACAGUCACCACCAGUCACCGUGACACCUCCGCCCAAAGCAAUCAAGGAGCAGGCAUCGCCCAUACCCAAUCGCGCCACGACCGCCUCUCCAGUCAGCCCCGUCGCCCUGCGACCAACUAGCAGCAGCAGCAGCGACGUCCAGACACAGAAACAGAUAGACCAUUUCGCGGACACAAUCACAGUCACAUCGCCCGUAAAGACAGACCCACCAGCUGCGAAACCCCUUCCGCCCCAAUAUCGCUACUCGGGCCCACCCAACAUUAACUUUGGGGCAUGGAGCGAGAGACCCAAGUCGCAGGUGGCCAUCAAGAACGAGGGCGAUUACAUAUUCGGGGGAGCAGGAGCCACCCCCGCACCGUCUCCAGUCAAACUGACCAUCGAGGUGGCAUCGCCAAUGCUCAGGAUGGGUAUACCGCAGCGCAAGGAGUACCAUGUACCCAUCACAGUCAAGCCUCUGCGGGAUGUCACAGCGUCAGCAGUAUCGGAAAAAGCAGCAGCACAAACAGCAGUCCCUGCUCCAGUCCCAGCUCCCGCAUCCCCAUCUCAAGCACAAACACAGGCCGCCUCUACAGAGCCCAUCACAUCCGCAGGCCAAGUUCAAUCCUCGACAUUGCCAAGACCCGCAAAGAGCAAUCGUUUCACCCUGCCCGCAGGUGGUGGUGGUGGAGUCGCCUCCACUCAGGCGACCAACAACUCACUGCCACGGCCUGUUUCCACCCUCGAGAGAACCAAGGCCCCAGUCGAUCCCUCUCCAGCGCCAGCGCCAUUCGGACAGAACACCCUGAGGCGGACGGGCUUCAAGGAGCGCAUGCUGGCCAGGGAGCAGCUGGAGCAGGAGCAGGCCCUCAGUGUUCGUGUCUCAGUCAAUGGGAGGUCUGCAAGUCCAGCUGUAGCCUCAAUUCCAGCUCCCCUCCCAGCUUCAGCUCCAAUUCCAGUUACCACUGCAGUCGAAGUGCCAGUGCCAGCACCAGCACCAGCACCAGCGCAGGUUGCAGCUCCAGCGCCAGCGCCAUCUAUGACCGUGCUAAAGACCAGCACGGUGGAGCUGAAGCUCCAGGAGCCCGAAGCACAGCCACAGACAGCCAAGUUCCAGGUGAAGCUGCGAUCCACAAGCGGUCCAGCGGCUGCAGCGAGGACAGCGACAGCGACAGCGACACCGCCGCCACCGCCUCCACCGCAAAUGGGAGUGACACUGAAGCCUCUGAAGGCAGCGACAGGAGCAGGACGCAGUCAAUCCAGUGAGGAUCCGCGCUCCCAGCUGCUGGACGCGAUACGGAACUUCAAGCGCGACGAGCUCAACCGCUCCUGAGCGGUCACACAAAAGAGGAAGCGCUCAAAUUGUAUUGUUUUGUUUUAUCGAUUAUCGUUAGCAGUAAAUCAGCCUCAAAAUUUACUGUUGAUUUCUUUUGAUUUUUCCAUUGUAAAUAAUCCGGAAACUCGGAUCGAAUUCGCAGAUGUUGUAUGUAUAUCUAAAGAUGAAGUAGAGAAUGUUUAUUUUUUUUUAAACCGUAUUUUUUUUGUGUACCGUACCACAUUGAUUUUUUUUAACUAAUCUUAGUUUUUGUUAUGAAAUAUGUAGUUUUUUUUUUACACUUUUGUUUUAGUCAUUAGGUCACAAGAACCCAAAAAAAAA